CGACGGAUACAGGGACAUUACAAUGGUUUAUGCAAAGGCUGUUUGGCUUGAGGGUGACAAACAGUUUGAAGGUGUCAUCCCAAAAAACUGGAUAGAGGAAGAAGGAAAUGUUGUGCGAUGGCCAAAGAAAAGUGUGCAUUCAGCCGAUAAAAAAAAAAGAUGGACCCAGAGGAUGACUGGAGCACGUUCCCACUUGUGAAAAUAAAGACAAUAUCAGACAAUGAGAAAGAUUGUGAAGACUAUAACUACACUUCAUCAGCCCAAACUGACCAUGAGGGUUCCACCAUCAUGCCAGAAGAAAUCAGGAAGAGACAUGUAAAGAAGAGGACAUAUGAUUUUGUUGAUGGUUUGCAUGCAUAUCCAAAGCCUCCUGAAAUCCAGAAGAACGAAUUUGUUUCUGCUACCAUUGAUCAAACCACUCCUAAGGGGUUGUCAAGGUCAAGGGAGCGUUCCAACUCCCCCGAUCACCAAUCAAGUCAUGGAAGUGAUGGAGGAUGUUCCACUUCUUGUUCUCAAUCAUCAGUGGGCUCAACUCCCAGACGCUCAUCUUCCAGAUAUGAGACACCAAUAACUCCAACUGACAACGGCAUGGCUAUAUUUCCAAUGCCCAUGGCCAAAUUCCAGAAAUGUGUCCUGAAGAAGCUUGUGGAGCUUACAGAGGAGGUAAAGCGCACUGGGGGUGCAGAGCCCAGUGCUUCAAGUUACCAUGUUCGAAGAAUGGAGAGGAUGGAGGAAGUUGAUAAGUUAGAGGACAUACUUUAA